UUUCGUGUACAUCUAUAAGGAGAAAGUAGCUCUAAGAUUAGAUACCAACUGUUGCAUUGACGGCUGUGUCAUCAAGUUUAAAUUUUCCUCCUGCUUAUAUAUAUAGCCCUCGUUUCUGCCUUGUCAGUUUGAAAGUGAAAUAUUUGUCGGAGAAUUUUGUCUGGGGAAAAAAAUUGUACCUAUACAAUAUGUGCUCAAAAUCUUCAGAAAUAGCUGCUGAUGAUUCAGUCACACAUCAACAAGGAAUUAACAAUCAAUUCAGAAAGAUUUUCUGAGCUUUGAAAAAGUGUUCGACGAAAUUAUAUUAGAGUUCGACUUCGCCAUAUAUAGCUCAAAGUCGGUGAUUUUGGAUUCAUUAGAAAAAGGCUUGUUUCAAAAGAAAAAGGUGAAAAGGCCAAAAGGGUGUUGAUAUUUCAUAGAAAAUCAACUGGGGUAGAGAUAAUAAUUUGUUUUUUCAGAAUUUUUCUAGUUUAAAAAUUGGGUACAAAUCAGUACAUGUGCUUGUUAAUAAAGGUGGCGAAUCCAGGAGAAUCCGGCGAGCAUGACAGAAUUCCAUCAACGGGAGGUGAUUCAGAAAGUACAACAACAACUACUACUACCACAGAAGGAGGAAUUCCGCAGCCAUAUGAACAAUCAUUUGAAGAAAUGUUGCGACAACAAAUACAACAAGAAACAGAGUAUUUGAUGUCUUCAUCUGCAACUCCGAUGUUUUCAGGGUAUAGUCAGACAAGGGAGAUGUCAGCAAUGGUAACGGCGUUAACGCAUGUUGUGUCGGGAAGGAGACAAGGAGAGUUGACUUACCGGCCGGAAAUUACGACAUCGUUUGGUGGUGGUUCGCCGUCAUCUUCGAGUUCAGGGUCAUGGGCUGGACAGAAGAGAAGACGUGAUCAAGAAGAAAGUGUUGCUGCAGAGCAAGUUCAAAGGGUUUAUGGAGGUUUUGGUGAAUUUAGAAGUGGAGAAUCAUCUUCCUCUGUUAAACCUGAAGCCUCAAGCAUGGUAGCACCACCAACCACCACAACCGCGGCGGCGCAACCAACACCACAAUCAGCGGAAGGGGGAGCUGAAGAAACAGGGGAAAGGAGGAAGAGAUACAGAGGAGUAAGACAAAGGCCAUGGGGAAAAUGGGCAGCUGAAAUAAGAGAUCCACACAAAGCAGCUAGAGUUUGGUUAGGCACAUUUGAUACAGCUGAAGCUGCCGCUAGAGCUUAUGAUGAAGCUGCUCUUCGAUUCAGAGGAAACAGAGCUAAGCUCAAUUUCCCCGAAAAUGUCCGCUUAUUACCACAACAACAACAACAAUAUCAACCCACAACAAGAUCAGCCAUUUCCAGCUCCUCAGCAGCUUCACAAUUCCCAUUAAUGGCUGCAGCAACAACUCCAUCACCAUUUUUUCAAACAUAUCAACCUCAGCAGCAGCAGCAGCAGCCGCCUUUUCAGAGUUCAGAAAUGGUUAGAGAUUAUUGGGAAUACUCACAAUUAUUGCAAAAUCCUGGUGAUUUUCAUGCACAACAAUCUUCGUCGUCCUUGUUAGAGCAAAUGUUGUUUGCUUCUUCAUCAAUGGGUCUUUUGCAUUCACACACAUUCCCUUCUUAUUCUUCAUCUUCCUCAUUAGCUACUUCCUCUUCAGCUUCUUCCCCUGCUUAUCCCCUGUUUUACUCUGCUCAACAAUCACGUUUCUUUCAGCCACCACAAACUAGUCAUCAAAAUCAAACUAGUAGCAGCACCUCCAGUUUUCCUGCACCUUUUUGGACUAGUUCAACCCACUACCCACCUUCUUCUAGCUAAUUUUCAUACUUCCAUCCUUUUUCCUUUUUUUUUUAUAUUUUAUUUUUACAUUUUUUUUUAAAAGUUAAUGGGUAUCCAGUUUUUUUUUUUGUUUUUUCUUUUCUUUGGAUUUUAGUUUUUGAUUUUCUUGUGUUUUGUAGUUAGCAGGUAGGGAGAUAGGACAUAGGCAAGGACUAAUACUGGCACUUUUAUUGUUGUCCUUAUUUGAAGGAUAGAUGGUUUUAUACCAAGUACAGUACAAGAAGAAUAGUACAAGAAAGAAGCAUAUCUAGGUUUUUAUAUUACCCCCACAAAUUUAAAUGUUGUUGUCAUUUUUGAUGAUUUACCAAAGAAACUUGCAGAUACCAUCCAACUUGUCAAGUUUGUUUGUUUUCUUCUUUCUGUUUUGCAAGUUACCAUCACAUUCAAAUCACUAUACAAUUCUAAUAGUGUUGAUGA